AAUUACAUUACAAUUUUUGGAGAAUUGCAUGAAUUAUAAAAUUUACAUAUAUCCAAAAUGGCAGCCCUGUCUAUGAAGAAGCUGUCGUCUCUAAGAACUAUUUUGCGACAUGUUAGGCACAAUAAUGGAAAUGCCCAAGCAAUUAAUAAAAGCCCCACAUAUGCAUACAUAAUGGAACAGUACAGGAAAAACUCUGUGACAGAUGCCCAGUAUUGUCAAGAACAACAAGAAAUGGCAUUCAUUGCUGAGACUUAUGCUACUUAUCUGGAUGCUGGACUGAGGUACAAAGAACUUUAUGAUGAAUUCCACCACCCAGAGAGAACAGUUGAAGAAACUGCCAGAAUGGUAGGCUUCAAACUUCCUCAUGAUCCUGAAUGAUACUGCUGGGUCACAACAAUUCAAUAACUCAUGAGUAUUGUUGAAGGUUGGAGUGAAAUUUUUGCCUGCGCUUUACAUGCAUCCCUCAUUUAGCAUAUUGAGUUGAAUGAACAAUUGUUAUUUACUGGAAUGCCAAACACUUGCAGAUAAGUUAAAAAAAAAAACAAUAUUCAGGACAAGCUCGUCUUGGGUGAGGAGAUGUUAGUUUAUGUGUAAGAAUUAUGAUGGUAUGCAGGUAACAGCCAAGUUUGGGUAGCAAGUUGUUUAGUUUGAAUAGGAUUCACUUGUGCAUUUGACAUACGGUUUUGACAUAGCCACCACUUGUUCAUUAUUAUAUUCACAAAAGGCUUAUUUAUUAUUCAUUGAAAUGUAAAAUUGGCCAAUUUAUCAAAACCCUCUAGUUUUUAUGAGUCUUCAGCUUACUCAGAUACUGUAAAUAUUUUUGAAGACAUCUUGUACACAGUUGUUAUUUGGUGAUAACAGGAUAACAUUAGCCUUUAGCCUUAUAGUAUAUGCUCUGUCUUCAGAACUCCUCUGGCUUUUCAUUUGUGCGGCAAGAUGAACAGUUCAUUUAAUUUGGAAGUUUCAUAUACAAACAAUAAAUACAAUUUAAGGGAUUCUGAAUAUUUAUAAAAAAUUUUUGCGGGAUUAGUUUAUCACUGUAUUGCAAAUCAUGAACUUGUUAGCCAAAUUUCAAACAGUGUCUUUCAUAUAAAUUAUUCUGGCAUGAAAUAUGAAUAGUUAUUAACUGCUGUAUGUCCUUAUCAUUUGUAAUUAUGAAAUAAAAAACUUAAUUGC